AUGGGUGAUCACUACGGCUUCUCAUUGACAACGUUCUCGCCGUCCGGCAAGCUGAUGCAGAUCGAAUACGCGCUGAACGCAGUGAAGAAUGGACAACCGUCUGUCGGGCUCCGCGCCGCUGAUGGCGUCGUCCUGGCCACCGAGAACGUCGGCUCACUGCUGUUCGAGGAUCAGCCGAAGAUCGAGAAGCUGAGUGACCACAUUGGACUCGUCUACUCAGGAAUGGCACCAGACUUCCGACUGCUCGUCAAGAAAGGACGAAAGAUUGCCAUGGAGUACGAGAUGGCCUACGGCGAGGAAAUCCCCACUGUGCAAUUGGUGACAAAGCUGGCGGCAGUGAUGCAAGAAUACACGCAGUCGGGAGGCGUGCGCCCCUUCGGAGUCUCCUUGCUAGUGGCCGGAUGGGAUAAGGAGCCGGGAAACGGCCGCCCUCUCCUCUUCCAAUGCGAUCCCUCCGGCGCUUACUUUGCCUGGAAAGCAACGGCACUCGGCAAGAAUGACGUAAACGCGAAGACGUUCCUCGAAAAACGGUUCAACGAGCAGCUCGAGUUAGAGGACGGUGUGCACACGGCCCUGCUCACCCUACGCGAAAGCUUUGACGUCGGCAUGAACGAGGACAACGUCGAGGUGGCCAUCUGCAACAAGACCGGCUUCCAUCGCCUCACGAAGCAGAAGGUCAAAGAUUAUCUGGGAGCGUUG